GAACGGCAGCUGAGUCUGACUGACUUUAUAAAGAAGGCAGCAGGACGACUAAGGGGAUAGUAGUUUUGGAUCUUUAGAGAUGGAUGCUCUUCAGGGUUUUGUAGGCACGUGGCGUUUAGUGGAGUCCGAUAAAUUUGACGAGUAUAUGAAGGCAUUGGAUGUGGGCUUCGCUACCAGGAAAAUUGGAAAUGUGACUAAACCGGACCUAGUUGUGUGUAUUGAUGAUGACUAUAUUACUCUACAAUCUCUGAGCGCAUUCAAAAACACUUCAAUAAAGUUUAAACUGGAAGAAGAGUUUGAGGAAACUACAGUGGAUGGUAGAAAUUCAAAGACCACUAUGACCCUGAACAAUGGCAAAUUGGUUCAGGUCCAAAGAUGGAAUGGAAAAGAGACAACUGUUGAAAGAGAACUGAAAGAUGGCAAGCUGAUAGCGACCUGUACCAUGGGUGACGUUGUCUGCACAAGAACAUACGAGAAAAAGGAAUGAAUGGAGUGAAAUGCUCGAAUUUAAACAUUGCUCAGUUUAAUGAGCAGAAUACUACCAAUGGGCUGUUUUAGUUUCCAGACUUCAGUUUAUCUACUGUUAACUAAAUGCUGUAAAUUGCUCAAAUGGCAUGAAAAUAAAGCUGUUUCCAAUUGGA